UGCGUGUGUGUGUGUGUGUGUGUGUGUGUGUGUGUGUGUGUGUGUGUGUGGUGUGUGAGUCCGUACGUUUGCGUGAGCUAAUAAGACCAUCUUAUUAAUAAAGAAACAAAAAACAGAAAAGUAUUAAGAAUUGUACUUAUUCUAUGUGAUAAAGUAUGAAAAAUAUAUACCUAGGAAAAUUUUUUAGAAAAUUUUUACUGUCUUUUAUUGUAGCGCGCAUUCUAUAAUACUAACAACAAAAACACGUGGCACAAAUGCGUGGCUUUUAUUUACAUAAUACUAAAGUUUGAUUUGAAUAAUAAAGUACAAUAUGUGGUACACAGUGGAGAUUAUAAUUUUAUAUUGUGAAUGGUAAAAAGAAUGGUAAACAAAAAUUAGCAAUCGAAGAAUAGAAGACGGCUUCUAAAUAACACAAAUUUGUUCUUCUUGCUUUCUUAGCAUCGGGAUGGGUGACACUGAAGUGGAAAGUUUCUUGACUGAUCAGAAACGUAAAUGCGAUAACGUUGCCAAAACUAACGUCGUCGAAAGCAAUAGGACGGCAAUUCGUCAAUGUCCGCCGUCCUUCGACGGUCUGCUCUGCUGGUCGCGCACUGACGCACCGGGAACAGCCACUUUGCCAUGCCCACCAGCGUCGAUCAUGGGCUAUACCGAUCUCGCGAGCGACAAUCUGAGAGCGCUUGCGAUGGCCAGCAAGGUCUGCUUGGCGAAUGGCAAGUGGUACCAAAACUCGGACGGCAUCACCUGGAGUAACUACAGUCUGUGCGUGCUGAACAGCACGGGUUACAUCAUCGAGAAGAAUCUGAAUUAUUCGCGGUGGUAUGAAAUGGAGUUCAGAGUGUUAAAUAAAUGGCUGCCAAUCGUAAGGAUGGUAUCGCAAAUUGGAUACAUGACUUCAUUUACCACUUUAAUUGUUGCCAUGGUGAUUUUCUCUUUACUCAGAAAACUUAGGAAUCCCAGAAAUAGAUUACACAUGCAUCUGUUUGCAUCCUUUAUCAUGAGAGCAUUCAUGGCACUCCUCAAAGAUUGGAGUUUUAUAGACGGCAUUGGUUUAGCCUGGGACGUCGUCUUUGUCGAUGGAAAAAACGCUUUUAUCAGGGAACAUAAUACUUGGAUUUGUAAAGUCAUCACGAGUUUAUGGCAAUAUUUCAUCGUGGCAAACUAUUCAUGGAUCUUAAUGGAAGGAUUAUAUUUGCACAAUUUGGUAUUCCUGGCGUUGUGCACCGAUACCAGCACAAUAGCUCUGUACAUCGUGCUAGGCUGGGGUCUUCCUGGCUUAGUGGUAGUGCCAUGGAUUAUUAUACGCGCGAUUAUCGAGGAUACUCUCUGCUGGACCACUCAUGACAAUUCCUCGCUAUUUCUCAUCAUAAGAAUACCAAUUAUUAUAUCUAUAUUAUUCAAUUUUCUACUGUUUCUUAAUAUUGUUCGCGUUCUGCUCGUAAAGCUGAAGACGUCAGUGCAUCUACAGCAAAAGAAGAUGAAAUACAAGAGAUGGGCGAAAUCGACUCUGGUCCUAGUACCACUCUUUGGAAUACACUACACAUUUUUCUUGGGAUUAUCUUACCAUAAGGACUAUAGAGUAGAACUCGUCUGGCUUUUUUGCGACCAGCUGUUCGCAUCUUUCCAGGGCACCUUCGUGGCUUUUCUUUAUUGCCUGCUGAAUGGCGAGGUCAGAGCAGAAAUGCGACGAGCGUGGAAGGCCCGACGAUCAAAGAGGGAUGUCGAUUCCUUCAUCUCCGGACACACGAGAAAUUCGAAGGACGGAAUAAAUCGAAAGCGUCAUCGAUCGGAGGGCGAUGAUGGCACCAAUUUCGUUAUAACAGCUAUGAAGAAGUUAUCAAUAGACAUCAAGUAGAUUCAAUUAGUCUCAACGUCGAAUGUAUUUUAUUUCGAAAACCAAAAUGCA